AAGACUUUAAGAGCCCUAAUUUAGCUGCUACAAGCCUACACCUACACGACGCCUCCAGCUGUAUCGUCUUCUUCACCAAACUUCUUUUACAGAGCAAAAUUUUUACAGCGCAAAAUUCUAGCCUCUUAGGUCGUCUCUUUCACUGUAUCUUCUUUCUUUCCUCAAGAUUGAAAGAGUAAGCCAUCCAAGCCCGGAAACAAACUCUCCAUAUCAUUGCUUCUCUCUGGUCUCUGCCAUCCGAACUUAGCUGCUAAGUAUAGUAUAUGUUAGAAAACCCUAAACCCCCCACGUGGAAUUUGAAAUUGAAGUUUCGAACUUCAACUCCCUCAAUACUCAUUGUGUUUUUUUUUUUUUUUUUGUUUUGUUUAAGAAAUAGAGUGAGAGUUGUAGAAUUCUGAAAAUGGUGGAAUUGGACGAAAGCAAGUUUGAUAUGCACCUGAAAUUAUGGGCACUUCGAAUUCCACGACAACAUUGCAAGUCUGCCAUGAGAAUACUCAACGGAGCACACACCUUCUGGAACAAGUAAAUACUAAGCUUCAAAUAUUGUGGUGGCAUUUAUUUGACAGGCCACGCAUAAAGCCUAUCACUGAGGAUCCAACAAAUGAAAACACCCGUUACAUGAUUUGCUCAGAAAAAGUAAAAACCCCAGAUUUGUCUGAUAUUCCUGCUCAAAAGCUUGCUGAACUGAAAGGCCUGUGUCAGUUUGAAGUUGCUCCCUAUUCAUUGACACUUGGCUAUUCUUAUUGGAGUGCAGACCAUAUAUUAAAGAAGAUUCUGCCCCCUGGCCUUGAAGUACCAUCAUCAUUUGAGACAAUAGGUCACAUUGCUCAUUUGAAUAUAACUGAUGAGCUUCUUCCUUACAAGGAUGUGAUUGCCAAAGUUAUUUAUGAUAAAAACUACCCCAGGAUCCAGACAGUCGUAAAUAAAGUUGGAGCCAUUACCAAUGAGUUUCGUGUGCCAAAAUUUGAGAUACUGGCUGGGGAAGAUGAUAUGGUCACAGAAGUGAAGCAAUUCGGAGCAACAUUCAAGCUUGAUUAUAGCUUGGUGUAUUGGAAUUCUAGAUUGGAACAUGAGCAUUUAAGGCUGGUCUCAAAGUUCCAGUCAGGGGAGACCGUAUUUGAUAUGUUUGCUGGCAUUGGUCCUUUUGCUAUUCCCGCAGCACAGAAUGGAUGUGCGGUGUAUGCAAAUGAUUUGAACCCAGAUAGCAUUCGUUAUCUCAAAAUUAAUGCUGAAAUCAACAAGGUUGAUCAUCUAAUUUUCCCAUACAAUAUGGAUGCAAGGAAAUUUAUUUCUCAACUCAUUGCUGUACCCUGCAAUGGAAUCAAUGCAGAAGUUGAGAUUGAUUGCUCUGAGAAAUUCAGUGGCCAAGCACAUAGGGAGAAACUAUCUGAAGACUAUGAGGUCAAAGAAGUACCUGACAGAACGUCAUGCAACAUUGCAGGACUCGGGGACUCAUCUGUGAUGGAAGAUAUGAGUGUGACUUCUGUGAAAAGACGUGCGGAGAGUUCUCAAGGAAAAAAAGAGGUCCAAAUAAGAGAGUGAAGGGUUCAGAGUCAUUGAACACAAAGCCCUCGGAGCAUGUGGACCAUGUGAUCAUGAACCUACCAGCUUCUGCUCUGGAGUUUCUUGAUGCCUUUAGAGGCCUUGUUAGGAGGAGAUACUGGAAGGGAUC